AUGAGCAACAAGAGAAAACGAUUUCAACAACUCGAUGAGGAUGAUCUCAUAGAAGGAAGAGCAAUAUACAGCAGCGAAGAGGAAUCCUCUGAAGAUGAAAUGGAUGUAUUUAAUGACAUUCCUCAAGAAUAUGAUAGUGAUAGAGAAUAUAAAAACAAGAAUGCAUCAUCAUCGAGGCUUUUGAAAGCCCCUUCAACAAAUAAUGAUGACGAUGAUGAUUUUGAUAUGGCCGACUCAAUUAAAACUAAAAGUAAAUUCGAUUUUAAAGGCUCCGAUAUUGGCAAACUCGUCCGUAAGAAAGCACAUGAAAAUCCCAAGAUGAACAAACUCAUCAAAUCUACUUCAAUUUUCAAUGAGGAUCAAGAAGAUGGUACAGAAGAACCAAGUGAUGAGGAGGAUGAUGAGGCUGCUUCCGAUGGUGAUGACCGAGUGAAGGACAAUGAAAUUUUAUUGCGAGCCAUGAGAAAUGAUUCCGAUGAUGAGGAUGAAUUGGAGGAUGGAGAAGAGAAUGGAGAGAAGAAAAUUUCAGCUUUUGAUAUGCCUCCUGAGGCGUUUGGAGAGGACGAUGAGGAUGAUUUUGAGGAUGAUGAGGAAGGAGAUGAUGAUGAUGAGAACAAUGAUGACGAUGAAAAUAUUCAAGAGGAUGAAGAAAUGGAAGAUGAUGAGCCAGAGGAUGAGCAAGAUGAUGAUGAAAAUAUUCAACAAGAUGAAGAGGAAGAAAAGAACAGACAGGAUAUUAUCAAAACGUUGGGUAAGGCAAAAACCUCAAAUGACAAUGCAUCGUCCUCAGUUUCACAAAAUGCAAAAUCGGACGAAAACGAGGAAAAGGAUGAAGAAAAGUAUGACAAAUCCUUCUUUUCAGAAGUUCCAGCAGAUAUUGAAGCCUCAAAAUCAUUCAAUGACAUGAACUUGUCAAGACCACUUUUGAAGGCCAUCUAUGAAAUGAAUUAUGAACAUCCAACACCCAUUCAAUCUCGAUGUAUUCCACUGUUGCUGAAAGGAAGAGAUGUUUGUGCCAGUGCUGUGACAGGUUCUGGUAAAACAGCUGCUUUUAUUUUACCGACACUUGAAAGAUUAUUAUACAGAGAUCGAUCGAGGAAAGAAACACUUGUUCUCGCGUUGUUACCAACGAGAGAGUUGGCUGCUCAAUGCUACGAAGUUUGCAGCAAGUUUGCCCAAUAUACCGAUAUUAGAUGUUGUCUCAUUACAGGAGGUAAUUUGAAAAUUAACAAACAAAUUCAAGUAUUGCAAACCAAGCCAGAAAUUAUCAUUGCAACACCUGGUCGAGUGGUAGACCAUUUACUGAACACACCAAAUUUUGGACUUGACGAAGUUGAAGUUUUAAUUUUGGAUGAGGCUGAUCGUCUGUUAGAAUUAGGAUUUGAGCCUCAAAUUAAAACAAUUUUAGACCAUUUACCAACAGCGAGACAAACCAUGCUCUUUUCAGCCACCAUGACUGACGAUGUGGAACAAUUAGUGAAACUCUCAUUGAAAAAUCCAAUUCGUGUUGCAUGUGACCCAAGAACUGGUGUUGCUGGAGAAUUAACACAAGAAUUUAUCAAACUCCAAGACGAUGAAGAUAUCAUGGCGAAGCAAGCUAUUUUACUCUCACUCUGUACCAAAUCGUUUACGAGUGAGGUUAUUGUUUUCUGUAAUACCAAAUCCAUGGUUCGAAAAUUGAAAAUGCUUCUCUUCCUGAAAGGUUUGAAAGUUUCAGAAUUGAGCUCUUCUCUCACUCAGGCCGUUCGUUUGAAAGAAUUGUACAAGUUUGCAAGUCAUGAGACGGACUUUUUAGUAUGUACAGAUGUUGCUUCCAGAGGUUUGGACAUUAAGGGAGUGAAAACAGUCAUCAACUUUGACAUGCCUCUCAAUUUAAAGACCUACAUUCACAGAGUUGGACGUACGGCUCGUGCCGGCGCUCCAGGUACUGCUGUUUCCAUGUGCAGUGAGAAUAGUCUUGCAAUUUUGAGAAAGAUUGUUCGACAUGCAAAGAAAAAGGGGCAGACUGUUCAACAACGAGUCAUUCCUCCAGAAUCAAUCGAAUUUUGGACACAAAAGAUUGAAGAAAUGAAACCUCAACUCAGGGAAUUGGAACAACAAUUGAGACUUGAGGAUGAAAUGCAACAAGCUGAAAUGUUGACGACUAAGAAUGAAAAUAUGGAAGAGUUUAAAGAAGAUAUUAUGAGUAGGCCACGAAAAGAAUGGAUCAUGUCCAAGUCACAACACAAGGAACUCAAUGAAAGAGCAAAGGCCCAAAUGAUAGAGGAAGAUGAAGACACUAAACCUUCACACAAGAAACGAAAGCUCGAUCCAGAAGAAUUUGAAAAUGAAGAGGAAAUGAUGAAGAAACCAAUGCAUGUAGAUCAUACAGACUUUUUAGAAAAGAAGCCACUCGAUAAGAAAAAGAAGCAACGACAAGCAUUCAAACGAGAAAUGAAAGAAGCAGGUAUUAAGAAUUGGGACAAGUUCGUGAAACGUCAAGUCAAGCAAGACAAAGUCAUCAAUAGAAUGAAACGAAAUAAUAUCGACUCGGAUCUAGUGAAGAAACACAAUAAGGAAAAAGCUCUUCAACAAAAGGAAAAGCGAAAAGCUAAGAAGGAAUACAAGGAAAAGAAAAAAGCACUCGCCAUGAAAACGAGCUCACAACGAAUGGAUAAAAAGUCAACGAAUCGAGCCUCCACCGAAAAGAAAAAGACUAAUAAGAAACCAUCUCAUGGAGGUUUUAAGAGUAGCAAGAAAUAUAAGAGAAGAUAA